AUGACGGAUGGGCCUUGUCCUUGCACAGCCGGCACUCGUGAAAGAUUCUUUACUUUUAUAGUAGCAUUAGGGGAAAUCGGUGGAGUAAUAGGGUCAUCGGGUUUCUCUCCAGCUCUUGCAGAGGAUGAAAAAACAGUUGAUGCAUCAGUAGAGACAGUAUAUUCGCUCUCAGUGCAUGUACUGGAAGUGUCAUCGGAAUUUUUGGACUUUCGUAAGUCCACAACACGCCGCUUGUGUUUCCUUGAGGGACGUGCUCUUGGGUGGCGGCCAGCGUUAGUCGUGAGAGCACUGUAUCCGCUCAGUGGGGAGCCUAGAGAUGCUUUACUCAUUGAUGAUUCCUGCAAAGAUUGUAGAGACGCAGCAUGA